AAAAGUCAACGAACGACCUUCGAAAAUUUUGUUCCUAAUAGCCUUAGCCUGUCUAUUGGCUCCGAAAAGAAGCACAAUCGAUGGCCUUCUUUUUCCAAUGCCUUCCCUAGUUUCAUAAGUACUGGUUCGAAUGGCCCUCCCCCUUCCACAAUAACUCUUUGUCAACAAUGGACUAAUGUUAUUAAUAACUGGGAUCAGUAUUCUAAAAAGAAAUCCUACUUAAUCGAGUUAAUUCGAAUGGGAAUUCCUGAUCAAUUUCGAGCCACAGUUUGGCAAAUCUGUACAGGGGCUUAUGACUCUCCAGUUAAAAAGGAUUAUCAAAAGUACCUUCGAGAAGUUUCCCCAUUUGAACGGGCGAUCAAUAGGGAUAUAUCUCGGACCUACCCCAAGCACGAGUUUUUCAAAAAUAAGGUACGUGGUCAAAGCCUGUUCAAUGUGAUGAAGGCCUAUUCCCUGCAUGACCGUGAAGUCGGGUAUUGUCAAGGAUCUGCUUUUAUUGUUGGACUUCUUCUUAUGCAGAUGAGCGAAGAAGAAGCAUUUGCAGUUCUCGUCUUUCUCAUGAACGAGUACCGAUUGAGAGAGCUUUACAAACCUUGCAUGACAGAAUUAGGUGUUUGCAUGCAUCAGUUGGAUGGUCUGAUUGCCGAACAUCUUCCCGAACUUCAUACCCACUUCACGACACAAUCCUUCGCUCCCAGCCACUACGCUUCCGCCUGGUUCCUCACUCUUUUUGCCACCGCCUUUCCCAUCGCCAUGACUACGAGGGUUAUGGAUCUCUUUAUUGCUGAGGUGUCAUAUCAAUAUGCUUGUAUUCGUAAAUGUGCAUUUCUGCGCACUUUUCAGAAGUUAACAAAUUUAGGAAAUUGA